AUGACUAAGAGGAAAGCUGACAAGGGUGGCAAAUCCACUCACCGAGGUGCCUCCACUCAUGGAAGAGAGAAAAAUUUACUACAAGAUACUUCAGAGAUAUCACUUAGAAAGAUCAAUGACAUUCCACGUUCAAGAUCACAAAUGGACAAGAACCACUGCCAGUCACCUGAAGGAAUGGUUAGAGAAAGGGAUUUUGUAUCUCAUGAUGCUAGAGAAACAAAUGAUGUUGUUCAUAUAGCUGAUGACAACUCUCAAUCACAAAUUCAGGAUGGUAGAUCAGAGAUUAAGGUGUACAAGGGAAAAGAGUGCGUAUUUUCAGUACUGGUGCCAGAAAAACAUCUAAAAAAAUUUCUGGAGAAAAUUGAUGUUGGAGGGUUCACAUGGUCAAAAGUUUCUCAACCCACCAAAGACUUUUAUUUUGAUGAGUUUAAGGAAGCCAGAGAAGGUCGACCGCCAACAGCACAUGAGUUGUUUUUGCACACGCACACGGAAAAGCAUGAUCGAAUGACUUUUGUUGAUAGUAAAUCAAAAAAGACUAAUGCAAACCCUAAAUUUGCACAAGGUGAUCAAUCAAUAGACAAGGACGGCAUUUUUUUGGAGGCUGCAGGCGGUAAGAAAAAAGGGAGAGUCUAUGGCCUUGGGUGUCAAUCAUCUACAUAUUUUCCAUCACCAAUUGAUAAGAUAAGUGCAACACAAAAUUCAGAAACAGAGUCACGAUACAAGAAAUCCAUACUUGUUAUGAGUGAGGAGUUGCGAGCUGUAAAGAAGCAAUUACGAGCAGAAAGGACUAGUUGGAAAAAUAAAUUCAAUGGCUUAUGUGAGCAUCUUGGUUUCUCGACUGAGAUUUUGCAACCUAAAGGUAAGAAAAGUGUUGAAGUAGAAAAUUAUACUUUAGAUAGUAGUAAUGAUGAUAGUGAUGGUGAAAGUCAAUCACAAAAAGGUUCAAUGGAUUAUGGCGAUGAGGAAGAUAGUGAGUCAGAUAGCGGUUCAAUGGAUUCUGGAAAUGAGGAUGGUAGCGAAUCCGAUGGAGAUUCAAUGGAUGGCAACCACCUCUCAGAUUAG